AGAUUGUUCGUGUGGAGGCAAUAGAGAACACACUCUUUUGCCUGACCCGCGAGCAUCCUUCAGGCCCUGCAACAUCGCCAUUGCCAAAGCCUGCUUAGACGUGGACGUCAAUCUCACUCGUUUGCCUGUCUUCAAGAUGCAGCCGUCUACCAUCAAGCCUCAAAGAAUACAACACACGCGUGCCCCUUCAUUGUCGUUCUCUUAUUUUCCUUUCCCGUCGGAUAGACAGUUCCCUCUUUAUGCGCACUGCAAUUCCCAGCGUACUGGGUGUGUUCCUACAAUCCGCUGCGACACCAAUCUUGUCGUGUCAUCUCAUCGGCGAGAUCUCAUGCAAACCGUCGACUACCGCUUCUCCCCCAAAUGCACGAGGCGAUCUAGCUUCGCACUGUCGGACAUUUUUGAGAUGGAUGAGGAGGUCGUUGAGUUCGAGAUAUCCCCCAUUCUACCGUCUACGCCCAACUCCGCGACUACCCGAAGUGUGAAGUUACGCAUGAAGACCGCCCUACAUGACUUCGUGCAAGCCGUCAAAACCAAAUUGAAUCAUCCCCGUUCACCCAAGAUGUACAUCGUCGAGCCUGCAAACAGCUCGCGCAAAGUUGUCCUGUAGUAAUCCCUUGUUGAUCGUUCGAAGAAUACCGGAGUAGCAUUCUUGUACAGUAUCCCUUAGGCCC